AUGUACACUCCCAGUGUACGUGUACGUAUCCUCUCCUUCUCUCGCAUUCACGUUCUCUUGUCCGUUGCGCGCCUCCCACUUCCUGCUUCGUCGCUAGCUUCGCUUCCCUCCCUCCCGCGAGCGAGGUCCACUCCAAUGGCGGCCGCUUCUUCCAGCUCUGCUCGCGGGCGCCACCUUCUUCUCCGCCUCCUCGCGCUUCUCGCCGUCGCUGGCAAUGCGGCGGCCGCCGGCAGCGGCGCCGUCGUCGUUGGGAAGAAGAGCGCGGUGCUGUCGCUGCGUGAGUUGGAGUGGGGUGCUGCCGCGAGGAAGAUCCAGGGCCGCUAUGAGCAACAAAGCAAAGCUCAGAUCCUAGGAGGGCACAGGAAAGCAGAGGGAGCAAGCAGAGCAACCACCGUGCUAGAGCUGAAGCACCAUUCUCCGGCCACCAUCUCCAACCAGCCCGCCGGCAGCGAAGGAUACCUUAGCCGACUCCUCGCCGCCGACGCCGCUCGUGCUGCCUCGUUGCAGCUCCCCAGGCCAGCGUCCAUACAGUCCCGGCAGGCGGCGGCCCAGGUCCCGCUGACCUCUGGCAUUCGCUUCCAGACACUCAACUACGUCACCACCAUCGCGCUCGGCGGCGACUCCUCCGGCGCCGCCGCCAAGCUCAACGUCAUCGUGGACACCGGCAGCGACCUCACCUGGGUGCAGUGCAAGCCCUGCCGUGCCUGCUACGAGCAGCGGGACCCACUCUUCGACCCCGCUAGCUCCGCCACCUACGCCGCCGUCCCGUGCAACGCCUCCGCCUGCGCGGCCUCGCUGAAGGAGGCCACGGGCGCGCCCGGAUUCUGCGCCAGGGGAGGCGGCGGCGGCGGAAGCGAGAGAUGCUACUACGCGCUAGGCUACGGCGACGGGUCGUUCAGCCGCGGCGUGCUGGCCACGGACACGGUCGGCCUCGGCGGCGCCAACCUCAACGGCUUCGUCUUUGGCUGCGGGCUCAGCAACCACGGGCUGUUCGGUGGAACAGCGGGGCUCAUGGGCCUCGGCCGGACCGAGCUGUCGCUGGUCUCCCAGACGGCAUCCCGGUUCGGCGGCGUGUUCUCCUACUGUUUGCCGGCGACCACCUCCGGCGACUCCUCGGGGUCCCUCUCCCUAGGGAGGGACCCAUCCUCCUACCGCAACACGACGCCCGUGGCAUACACCCGCAUGAUCGCAGACCCGGCUCAGCCCCCAUUCUACUUCAUGAACGUCACGGGCGCGUCCGUCGGCGGCGCCGCGAUGACCGCGUCGGGGCUCGGCGCCAGCAACGUGCUCAUCGACUCGGGCACGGUGAUCUCGCGGCUGGCGCCGUCCGUGUACCGCGCCGUGCGCGCCGAGUUCGCGCGCCAGUUCAGCGCCGCCGGGUACCCCGCCGCGCCGGGGUUCUCGCUCCUCGACACGUGCUACAACCUGACGGGGCACGACGAGGUGAACGUGCCGCUGCUGACGCUGCGGCUCGAGGGCGGCGCCGACGUGACCGUGGAGGCCGCCGGGAUGCUCUUCAUGGCGAAGAAGGACGGGUCUCAGGUGUGCCUGGCGAUGGCGGGCCUUCCCUACGAAGACCAGACGCCAAUCAUAGGGAACUACCAGCAGAAGAACAAGAGGGUGGUGUAUGACACGGUACGCUCAGGGCUAGGUUUUGCUGACGAGGAUUGCAGCUUCAUGUAA